UCCGCAAAGUAAAGAAGUUCUGCAUUGCGCUCUGCUGCUAACGUUAGAAUCUGCUGUACUCGCGCACGGUCAAGAAAACCAAUCCAGUGCUCUGUGGCGUAGAGCGAGUGAGAAGAGGCGCAGUGAGUGCAUGGAAAAUAUCGAAAUUCGAACUACAGAAAAUUGAGGCAGUGAAAUAAUACGGUGUGUGAUUGUUACCGAACGUGUGUGUAGGUUGCACAUUAGUCCAGUCGGAAUAUUGGUUUCGUAUGGCCAAGUGACAUUCCUUCCCCAAAAGUGAGCAAAGGCGCGCGAGUGAAAGGAAACACGGCAAAGGGAGUGGACUUGCUUGGAUUAGACCGGCUUAGUUUGACCGGUCAUCGCCGCUACGGUUUGGCACGAAUACGCUUGAACUGCAACAGCAACAGCAGCGGCACGAUUUUGGAUUAGACAACGGACUCUAGAAAGAAACCCGCCAAAAUUCCGCUCCAACAUGGAACGGGGACUUCAUGAUCGGGACCGAGUGGGACUGCAGGAUCAGGUCCUACUCGAGAACUACCAGAGCGAAGAUGCCUUCAUCGAUAACCUGAAGAAACGAUUCCAGGAGAAUCUGAUUUAUACCUACAUUGGACACGUGCUGAUAUCCGUUAAUCCGUACAAAGAGCUUUCCAUCUACACAGAAGAUGACGUCAAGGAGUACCGGAAGCGACACUUUUUCGAAGCACCUCCACACGUCUUUGCCUUGAGCGACAACGCGUACCGAUCGCUGACCGAGGAAAACCGGGGCCAAUGUAUCCUGAUCUCGGGCGAGAGCGGCUCGGGUAAGACGGAAGCGUCGAAGAAGGUCCUGCAGUUCAUUGCCGCGGCGACGGGGCACACGACCAGCGUGGAAGGCGUCAAGGACAAACUGCUGCAGAGCAAUCCGGUGUUGGAGGCGUUCGGCAAUGCCAAAACGAACAGGAACGACAAUUCGUCACGCUUCGGCAAGUACAUGGACGUGCAGUUCGAUUUCCGGGGUACCCCAGAGGGGGGCAACAUCUUGAACUACUUGCUGGAGAAGAGCCGAGUGGUGCACCAGAGUAACGGGGAAAGGAACUUCCACAUAUUCUACCAGCUGUUGGCCGGAGCGGACGAUGCGCUGCUGCAGGAGUUGCACUUGAAGCGAAAGUUGGACACGUACUACUAUCUGACGGAUGGGGACAAUGGAAACAGUGCCAGUAUUAGAGACGCGGAAAAUUUCCGGCAAGUACAAACCGCCAUGUCGGUAAUCGAAAUCCCGGCCGAAGAGCAGAAGCUAAUCCUGCAGAUCGUGGCCAGCGUGCUGUACAUGGGAAACGUUGGAUUCACCGAAGAGGAAGGCAAGGCUAAGAUCCUGAAACCGGAAUCCGUUACGGCGAUCGCAAAGCUCCUAGGUUGCGAGGAAGAACAGCUGCGCAACGCUUUCACCCAUCGUACGAUCGAAGCUCGCGGUGAUAUCGUGACAAGCCCAUUGAACAGGGACAUGGCCAUUUACGCUCGGGAUGCCCUCGCAAAGGCAGUCUACGAUCGACUCUUCAGCUGGUUGGUGUCGAGGAUCAACACUUCACUUCACGCGGAACAUAUUCCGAAGAAGAACAGUGUUAUGGGCAUCCUGGACAUCUACGGAUUUGAGAUAUUCAAAAAGAACAGCUUCGAGCAGUUCUGCAUCAACUUUUGCAACGAGAAACUUCAGCAGUUGUUCAUCGAACUGACGCUGAAGUCUGAGCAGGAGGAAUAUCUGCGGGAAGGUAUUGAGUGGGAACCCGUCGAGUACUUCGACAAUAAGGUGAUCUGUAAUUUGAUAGAGGAAAAGCACAAAGGCAUCGUUGCUCUGAUGGACGAAGAAUGCUUGCGUCCGGGGGAUCCUACGGAUCUGAGCUUCCUGAGGAAGAUGAAUGACAACCUGGGAGAUCAUGCUCACUACAUCUGCCACAGCAGGGCGUCGACGACCGUCCAGAAGACAAUGGGUCGCGAUGAAUUCAGGUUGGUUCACUACGCUGGAGAUGUGACCUACCACGUCCAUGGAUUCUUGGACAAGAACAACGACCUUCUGUUCAGGGACUUGAAGGAGACCAUGUCCGGAUGUAAGAAUGACAUCAUCAAACGAUGCUUCCCAUCGUCCGAUAUCACCAACAAGAGGCGUCCGGAAACGGCAGUGACACAGUUCAAGAACUCCCUGAACAACCUGAUGGAUAUUUUGAUGUGCAAGGAACCGUCGUACAUUCGAUGCAUCAAACCGAAUGACCUACAAGCUUCCGGUAACUUCGACUACGAACUGGUUCGGCAUCAGGUCAAAUACCUUGGGCUGAUGGAGAACCUCCGCGUACGCCGAGCUGGCUUCGCCUACCGACGCACGUAUGAAAUGUUCCUCCAGCGCUAUAAGUGCCUCAGCAGGCAAACCUGGCCGCACUACCCCGGUCCCGCAAAGGAAGGCGUCCAGAUUCUAGCCUGCGAAAUGGGCUACGAUCGCGAAGACUACCGCAUGGGCAAAACUAAAAUCUUCAUCCGCUUCCCCAAGACGCUGUUCGAGACUGAAGAUGCAUUCCAAGCGAAGAAACACUACCUGGCGUCCAUCAUCCAAGCCCGCUGGAAGGGCCGACGUCAGCGGCAGAUCUACCUGGAGACCUACGCCAAGAUCAUCAUCUGUCAAAAGUACAUCCGACGGUACCUCGCCAUCCAGGAACGAAAACGUCGCCGAGCUGCCGCCGACAAGAUUCGAUUCUUCAUCAAGGGCUUCAUCACCCGACAUGGCGAACCCAACGAGUGCAACAAAUCCUUCAUUGAGCACACCAAGCGUCACUGGUUGAACAAACUCGCCACAAAACUUCCGAAGACUUUCAUGAACCACACCUGGGUUCCCGCGCCGGUGCACUGUCAGGAAGCAUCUAUAAUUCUGCGAAAAAUGCACAAACUGCACCUCGCUCGGAUUUACCGAUUGGCCCUGGCUCCGGAGAAGAAGAAGCAGUUCGAACUGAAGGUGCUUUCCGAAUCCGUGUUCAAGAGCAAGAAGUCAAACUACCCGGAAAGCAUCGGGCCGUGGUUUGUGGACGAUAGGAUUCCGAAGCAACACGCGACCCAGAUUGGUAAUUUUGUGGUAACGCAGAUGAACAACGAGAAGCUGCAUUACUCCACCCCGGUGAUCAAGUACGAUCGGCGCGGGUACAAACCGCGCGAGCGGUUCUUCCUCCUAACGGACAAGGCCGUCUAUCUGCUCGAUGGCAAAACGUACAAACAGAAGCAUCGCCUCCCGCUGGACAUGGUCGAUUUCUGCAUCACCAGCAUGCGGGACGGGAUCAUGGUGAUACGGAUUCCGCUCGAGCUCAAGAAGGACAAGGGCGACCUGAUUCUGGACGUGCCGGACAUUAUCGAGUGCUGCAUUUGGAUACUGGACGUGACGCAAAAUCGCAACAUCGUCAACAUUGUCGAGGCGGGAUCACUUUCGCACAAUCUAGUCAGAGGCAAAAGCGGUGUGAUCGAGAUUCAGGUCGGACCACAGCCCAGUAUUACCCGAGCCAAGAGCGGAAAUCUGUUGGUUAUUGCAGGUCAAUAAUCAGGCCACCUUAAGGAGCAACUCGUACUUCAUCAACCGAGCCGGGCAGUGGAGCCUUUUUUUGGACAGCACAGCUGACUUCUUACUAUACACAAUAAUGAUUGUUCUUAGGCCUUUUUAAGCAAAAUUUUAACCCGUCGUCUUUAUACAUCAAACGCAAGGAAACACAACUUUAAUACGUAGAGUUUGUAAAUUUAUAGUAGGUUGCAAAGCAGCUCUUUCUAUAAUGUUAAAAUUUUGAAAUGGACAAAUUUAAGUGUGCAAGAUGAUGUGCCUUUCUCGCACAGUCGAGGGAAUAAGAAAACAAAAACAAAUAAUUCAGGCUGUUCAAGGAAACAAAACAUCGAGGAGAACAUUGUUAAAGAACUUAUACACACACAAUUUAAACUGUUAGUAAUGUAGCAUUUUUUUAUUUAGCUAUCAAGUGCCAUUAGGUGGUAGAGACGAUCAUACAGGAUCAAUAUACAUUUUUUUUCUCUAAAUUAUUUACGUUCGGAAUCAACGACGUUUUAAUCUAGUUUUAUUUUAACGACGAAAAGUACACACAAACAAGCACCUUCUUACGCUAUACACACACAGAAAAAAAGAAGCAAAAUAAACUGAACAACUAGCCAGUAGGUUUUAAUUUUCCGAUAUGUAGCAAAAAAAACCCCUUUUCCACGGAAAACAGACAUUAAAUACAAGUAUCAAAUCUAA